UUGUGCUGGACAGCAUGGCUCAAGAAAACAGCUCAUUGAAUCUCUGGCCAGAAAUAGAAAAGGCAGAAAAGGAGAAUAGACGUGAGCUGGUGCUUCAAGGUUCAGCAGUAAACAAAAAGAUCCAGUGCGGCGGCGGAAUUCAUCCGCGACUUUAUUCCCUCGCGCUCCUGAAUUACCUGGAGAUCAGCCAGUGUCCCAGUCUACAUGAGAUCCAUGAGAACAUCAGACACCUGUCUCAUGUACAGAGCCUGAUCCUGUGCAGAAAUAAGCUUACUUCAGUCCCGAAGAGCAUCGGUGAUCUGAAGGCGAUCAAAGUCCUGGAUUUGUCUGUGAACCAGUUGCAGGUUUUGCCCGAUGAGAUCUGUGCCUUGAGCGAGCUCAACACUUUAAAUGUCAGCUGUAAUAGUAUCACAGCUCUGCCGGAUGGUCUGAGCCGGUGUAUGAAGCUCGCCAGCAUCAAUGUGUCUAAAAAUGCGAUCUCACGGCUUCCUGAGGACUUGUGGUCCUCCAAGCUGGAACUCCUCAGCAGCAUCAUCGCCUCAGAAAACGCGAUAGAGGAGCUGAGCAGUGAGGUUCAUAACCUGACAGCUCUGAAGGUUUUGGAUCUCUCCAGUAACAAGCUCCAAGAGCUUCCAUCCGAGUUGGCUGACUGCACCAAGCUAAAAGAGAUCAAUUUUAAAGGCAACAAGCUGAAGGACAAAAGGCUUGAGAAGAUGGUGAAUGGCUGCCAGACCAAGUCAGUGCUGGAUUAUCUGAGGGCAGGUGGAAGGGGGAAAGGGAAAGGCAAGCAGCAGGAUGGGGAAGUGAGUGAGAAGGUAGAUGGUGGGCGUAACGUCUCAAAGAAGAAAAGCGCUGCAAAGCAGAAGGGCAAAAAAGAGACCGAGGAUGUGGAUGAGCUUAGUCGGAUGGUUGUGAGAGUUCUGCAUGUAUCAGAAUCACCCACAGCUGUUACGGUGAAAGUUUUCCCAGGUGUAAAAGACGUCCGGCCGUACAUAGUGUGCUGUAUCGUGAAAGGCAUGAACCUCAGACAAGGAAAUGCACUCAAGAGGUUUCUAGUUGCUCAGACCAAGCUUCACGAUGAGAUUUGUGCCAAAAGGACAACUGCAACCAUUGCGACACAUGACCUGGGCUUGCUGAAGGCCCCUCUUUUGUAUGAUGUCAGGCCACCGGAUACACUGAAGAUUGUUCCUCUGGGCCGUAAGGAGAUGAAGGCAGCUGAACUCUUGAGGCAACUGCAGCAGGAAGCAGAUGAACAGAGGAAACAGAAAAAACGACAAAAUGUUUCAGGACUCCACAAAUACCUCCAACUCCUAGAUGGGAAAUAUCUGUACCCCUGUCUGGUUGAUGCAGAGGACCAUGUGAUUUCUUUCCCACCAAUCACAAACAGCGAGAAGACAAAGAUAAAGAAGACAACACAUGAGCUGUUUUUAGAGGUGACCAGCUCUACCAGUCUGCAGAUCUGUAAAGAUGUCAUGGACUCACUUAUAAUAAAAAUGGCUGAGCUGAAUAAAUUGACCUUUGACCAUAAGGAUGAUGUAGGCUCAGACGAAGAGACGGAUGGAAUUUCAGAUCAUCCUGUAGAUGUCCCGACCUCCUCUGAACUGACUGUUCUACAAGUGAAGGUUGUGGAUGUAGACGGAAGCCUUAAAGUGGUCUACCCAUCAAAAACUGACCUGAUGUCUGACAUCAGCAAUCUAAUAGUCAUGCGAUAGCAGUUUUCAAAUUAUGAAUUAUUUCUUCCUGUCUAAAUGCAUUUGUAAUGUACUGAAUCCAGACUCUUUCCAUGAAGUUUUAUCUGUAAUCAAAACGGCUGUGAAAACCUUAUAUUUAAUGGUUCUCACUUACACCCCUUAACAAGAUGUCUUUUUUGGUAAAGAGCUUCAUUGCAUUUUAUGCAAAAAUAUACAUAUUAUGUUGUGUAACUUGUCCAUACAAAAUAAAAUAAAGCAAGAAGAUUUCAUUUAAAAAGC